AUAAUCUUCCGGAAAACUCCAAAGAAAAAGUAUCAACUUCCGGCCUGUGUUUUCUGUUUUGAUGCCAACUCCGAUUGCAGACUCGACAAUAAUUUGUCACGCAGAUUUAUUUGUAGUUUUAAGAUAAAAUGGGACGCAUCUUUCUGGAUCACAUUGGUGGAAGUCGCCUCUUCUCCUGCGGCACUUGUGACACCGUCCUGACCAACCGGGCUGAACUCAUCUCAACGCGCUUCACUGGAGCCACUGGCAGAGCGUUUCUAUUUAACAAGGUUGUGAAUCUGCAACACAGCGAAAUCCAAGACCGAGUCAUGCUUACAGGGAGGCACAUGGUCCGGGAUGUCAGCUGCAAGAACUGCAACAGCAAGCUGGGCUGGAUGUACGAGUUUGCCACGGAGGAAAGUCAGCGCUACAAAGAGGGCCGCGUCAUUCUGGAGCGGGCGUUGGUGAAGGAGAGCGAAGGCUUCGAACACGUUCACUCCGACAGCUCCUGAGCUCCUGUCUGCGUUCAUUUCUGCCGCGUUCCUUUCAUGAGUGCAGACGCACCAGAGAUGCGUUUCUGGCUGGGUUUUAAGUGCAGCUCGAACAGAAAGCUGACUACUGAUGCUUUUCUAUUGAUUUGAAACCACCUGCAGUUUCAGUAUGUGUCCAACAGGUUGUGCUGUCGUUCAGGUCUGCUGUUUCUCAGAAAGUGUCUGGAGUGCUGAACAGAUUCAGGUGUUUUUGUCUGGUUUGGCACAGUAACAUCUGAUUGCCUGAAGAUGAAUAUCGUAGUAUUACACUACAAAAAAGGUAUCUUUGUUGAAAUGCUUCAUUGGAAUCUUUCCUUGAAUGCUGCGCCGCUUUUUAUUUUAAGGUGUGCCAAAUACUUUCAACAUGACAGAAUUAUAUGUUAAAAUAUUUUCUAUUUAGUUUCCCGAGUAAUACUUUGGGGCAUUAAAGAAUUUUCUUAACGUUAUCUUUAUUUAUAAUAAUGGUUCAUAAAACAAAUAAAAGCAUGUUUGGUUUUAUGAAGGGUUAACUUUAUUUUUCAGUUGAUUGAAUUCUGGUUCCUGAAGUUUUUUUUUCCAGUUUUUUUUAUCUUUUAAAAGCAGACUGGAAGGAAAGUACAAUAUCAUUUUAGAUGUUUAAAAUGUAGGUUUCAUUAUAAGCAUGUUUUCUUUUUGUUUACCUUCUGAACAAUAAAGAUAACUAAACGUCAUCCUCUAAA